UCCCAGCUCAAUGCUAUUGUUUAUUCUAAUUCAAUGCAUAGUUGUAGAUAUGUUGGUUAUUUAUGAAGCAUAUUAAAUUCGCAUGUAAAAGUUUGGAGAUGCAUUUGUAUUGUUAUUUGAACACUUAAAUUUUUUAUUUGUAGAGUAUAAGGAGAAGCUAGAUUUAACUCAUAAAAUCGUGGGAAGGGUUAUUCUAUCAUUUAUAAUGGUUGUUCUGUCUGAACUUUCUGAAGGAUCUUCAUCUUAUUCAUCAACUCAUAAAGGUCAUAGAUAUGACGUAUUUUUAAGUUUCAGAGGUGUUGACACUCGUCAUAGUUUCACUAAUCACCUUUAUAACGCCCUCAUGCAUGCCAAUAUAACUACCUUCUUGGAUAAUGAAGAGAUUGAAACAGGGGAAGAUCUGAAACCAGAAUUGAAGAGUGCUAUUAAAUCAUCUAGGGCUUCUGUUAUUGUGUUGUCCAAGAAUUAUGCCUCUUCAAGGUGGUGCCUUGAUGAAUUGGUGCUGAUCCUUGAGCAACAUAUGACAUCAAACCAUAUUAUUUUCCCGAUUUUUUAUCAUGUUGAGCCCACCGAUGUUAGGAAGCAACAAAGUGGCUUUGGAGAUGCAAUGACUAAGCAUAGACGGAUGAUGGAAGCAGAGACAGAUGCAAAUAGAAGAAGUAAAUGGGCUCAAAAGAUAGAGUUGUGGGAUAAAGCACUUAAUGAGGUUGCCGAUUUAAAAGGGAAGGAUGCAAAUGGCAGGCUAGAGGUGGAGCUUAUUGAUGAAAUUCUUAACGACAUUUUCCGUAGAUUACACAUAUCUUCAAGGUUUCCACCACCCCAACUUAUUGGGAUGGAGAAUUCCAUUAAAUUCGUCACUUCAUGGUUGAAAGAUGUAUCAUCAAAUACAACAGAUAUACUAACUAUUUUGGGCAUGGGUGGGAUCGGGAAGACGUCUUUAGCCAAAUAUGUCUAUGCAUUACAUUUUCUUGAAUUUGACACAAGCAGUUUCAUUGAGGAUAUCACCAGGAGAUGUGAUAAAAAAUCCAAUGGGAUGCUUGAUGUACAAAAGCAACUCUAUGAUGACAUUUCAAAACGAAGUUCAGUUCAAGCUCAUGCUCAUGACGAUUCUAUAUACACCUCAAUGAUAGAGAAUGUAGUAGCCUAUAAAAAGGUGUUUCUGGUUCUUGAUGAUAUUGGUAGUCUUGACCAAUUAGACGCGUUACUUGGAAGAAAAGGUUUUCAUCCGGGAAGCAAAAUAAUAAUAACAACAAAAGAUACAUGGUUGACCAAGAGUUGUGCACUAUUCAAAACAAAUGUGAAACCCAAACAUGAAACACACGAGAUUAAGGGCUUAUCUGAGAUUGAUUCACAAAACAUUUUGUGUUUUCAUGCAUUUAUGUGCAACGAUCCCAAGGCAGGUUAUGAAGAGGUGUCAAAAAAGCUAGUGAAGUAUUGUGAAGGACAUCCAAUGGCGCUUAAAGUUUUGGCUAGGUCUCUACAUAAUCGUGAUGUAACUUAUUGGGAGGGGUACAUAGAUAGACUAAAGAAAGAGAAUAAUUCCCCUAUAAAUAAUGUCUUGAGAAUGAGCUUCGACUCUUUGCCAUCAGAAAAUGAUAAGGAGUUGUUUAAGCAUAUUGCUUGUAUUUUUGUUGGAAUGGAUAAAGAUUUUACUGUAACAAUAUUAGAGGCAUGUGACAUAGAGACAAGAUCUGGGAUCACGAAUCUUAUUGACAGAUGCCUUCUUAGUUUCAAAUGGAAUAAAGAAUCGAAGAAUAUCGAAUUGGCGAUGCACCAGUUGGUUCAAGAGAUGGGAAAAUUUGUGGUACGUAAAGAAUCACUUGACAAGCCAUGGGAACGAAGUCGAUUAUGGGGCCAUGAAUCUUUCAAAGCAUUGAAGCAAAAAAAGGGUACAGAAAAUGUGCUAGGCCUCAUCAUUGACAUGCGAAUGCUUGAGAAAGAGAAAUUACAUGGAUCGCUUGAGUUAAAAACAGAUGCAUUGAGUAAAAUGGAUAGGCUAAUGUUGCUACAACUCAAUUAUGUGCAAAUCACCGGAUCUUACAACAAAUUUCCAGAAGAAUUAAGAUGGUUGUGUAUGCAUGGGUUCCCUUUAAAGUCUAUACCUUCUGACUUACCGAUGGAGAAUUUGGUUGCUCUUGACCUGUCUUAUAGCAAUAUUGAAUCAUUUGGGAUUUGCUAUAACUAUCCAAAAGGACUUCCUAAGAAGCUAAAGCAAUUGACUGGAUCAUGCUCAGAAGAAAAAAGGUCGCUUCGAUCAUUGAAGAUUCUUAAUUUAAGUUUCUGUGAACAACUUCAUAGUCUUGGUGGCUUUGACCACCUCCCUAAACUUGAGAGGUUGAUACUUAGAGGUUGCAUUGGUUUGAUUGAGGUUUGUGAGUCAAUUAAGAAAUGUGUUGAACUUUUCUUCAUUGAUCUGAGCUGCAUCAAGUUUGAAAAACUUUCAAGAAUUAUAUGCAAGUUAAGAAAAGUUGAAACAUUAUUGUUAAACGGCUGUUAUCUCGGUGAAUCUCCAAUCAAGAACAUUGGCAUAAAAACAAGAACGUCUUCCUCCGCUGUUCUGAAGGCUAUAUCAGCUGAUUUUAAGUUCUUAACGAUUCCUUUACCGAGAUCUUUAGUAAAGUUGUCACUAGCAAAUAAUAAUUUAUCUACCGAAUCCUUUCCCAUGGACUUCGGUUGGCUAUCCAUGUUAAAUGAAUUACAUUUAGAUGGAAAUCCUAUCGUUUCCCUGCCUAAUUGUGUUAGGAGCCUUCCUAGGCUUGGGAUACUGAGUAUGAGAAAUUGUAAUAUGUUGAUGUCAGUUGAGGAUCCUCCACAUACACUAAGAGUUUUGGAUCUCCAUUUUGAUUCUGAAAAGCAUUUGCUACGAAAAGUGGUAUUUGAUCCACAAAUGUCUCCACUAGGGUUCAUAUUAGACUGGAACAUGUUAGCAACUUCGUCGUUUGAAUUUCAAGGCUUGGUCAAAAUCCAACCAAUGGAAGGUGUUGAGGAAAAGGUAAUACGUAGUUUGGGUUGGACGAAGCUAGAUUUCCUUAUUGGAAGGCGUGUGGGAACCUAUCUUGUGAAUCAAAGAGAGAAAUCUGAAAUCCAGAUGUAUUAUGAAUUUGGAAUAUUCAGCACAAUUUAUGAAGGCGAAAAAAUGCCAAAUUGGAUUUCAGAUAGAAGCACGGGGUCAUCAAUGUCAUUUACCAUCCCAUCAUCUCCGAACAAGCUUAGAGGAUUGAAUUUCUGCUAUGUGCUGACAUCUCAAUAUCUGGAUUAUAAAACUUUUAAUUUGCCGGUGAUCAUAAUUAGUAAUAUUACAAAGAACCACACCUGGAAAUACCAACAUUACAUUCUCCAUGUCGAUGUUGUUGGAAAGUGUUUGACCUUGUUAAGCCAUUGGAUGUUUGGGGUGAAUGAUAUGGAAUGUGGUGAUCAAAUUACUAUUACCAUGAGACCAGAACCAUUUCAUGUUGAGUGUGGGGUGAGUUUUGUUUAUGAUGAUGGAGACAUAGAUGAAGAAGAAGAUGCAUUGGGUUAUUACAGGUCCUGGAAUCACAUUAUUGGUGGAGAUUUGACCAUAUUUCAGUUAACAACAGGAGAGUACAUCUUAACAAUAUGGCGAUUUCUGCUGUUUGAAAAUCAAAUACGUGAACAUUCAUACGGGUCUUUGUUUGGAGAUGGUGUCCACUUUAAAGACGACCAAAGACAACUACACUUCAGAGCUCUCUCCCAACGGAAGCCUGGCGUACUGGAGGAUGGCACCUAAGAUGGGAUUCAGUCAACCUCCAACAGCUAAUCAAACUGCUUCAAGACCCUUUGUUCCUAUGAGAGAAAGGCCCACCAAUAGCAUCAGCCCCCCCAUAUUAGAUUCUCAGUUAUAUAUCACGUGAAUGUCAACUCAAUUCUCAAGGUGGAAAUUAAACCUGGACCUUAGGAAAUCACUCCUUAUCAAGUAUUCAUGUACCCUAUGUGUUUAAUUUUUAAUUUCUGUGUUGACAAAAUUUUGCUCCCAUCAACUCAGUCGAAAUGAAAAAGG